AUGAUAAUGAGGUGCAGUCAGACCAUUCAUCUGGCUGUGUGAGACUACCUGUAAUAUCACCAAGACCAAUGAACUGUGUGGCUGUGAACUGCCUGGUUUACAGGAUGACAUGUUGGCUGUAAACACCGGACCUUUACCCAGCACUCUAUCACCACUCUGACAGCCCAGCAGAUAACAGCAGGCCGAUAUUCGGACGAGGUAAGAGUCCUUGUUGUGCUCGUUGAAACUUCAAACCGACGCAGUGUGAAGUGGAGGAGUGGCCGUUCAGACCUUCAGCUCUUUAUUUGAUCGUUGCAGAGAGCAGAACAGAGCCAGAGAAGACGGUUUUUCAGCUGCAAGAUAUUGUUGAUUUAAUGCAGAAUGGCCACCAAUCCAUAUCUGAACUCUGGUCCUUGUUUCAUCCAUGAAGUUGACCUGAGGAAACUUUCUCCACCGAGUCGAUCGGAUGUUAAACCUCAGUAUGUUCAUCAUGUGGCUAUGAAGCCUCCACCUGAAAUCAGCACCACCGAGCACAAAGAUGUAAAGCAGAGGUGUGUUAAGUUCACUGUGGUCGCUGUGAUCUGCCUGCUGCUGCUCCUGCUGCUGGCUGGAAUCCUCCUCGCUUAUUACUUUUCCUCUCCCUGUGCGAGGGGGAUGCGGUGUGGUGAUGGGAGCUGUGUGUGGGAGUCUCAGUGGUGUGACGGGGUGAUGGACUGUCCAGCAGGCCAGGAUGAAGCUCACUGCGUGAGGCUGCAGGGCUCCGGUUUCCUGCUGCAGAUCUACUCGACUCAGACUAAAGACUGGAGGAGCGUUUGUUCUCAUGGCUGGACCGACCAACAAGGGAGAGCAAGCUGCCAGAACAUCGGCUACAGCAGGGACACAUAUUUUAAAUCAGGCCAACGGACGACCAGCUCCGAUGGUGGAUUCUUAAGAGUAAAGUCUGAUUUCAUUCCUGAAACAUUCAUAUCUCAGCAGCUUGUCUUGAGCGACAUGUGUCCUAACAACAGCGUGGUGACAUUACAUUGUACUGAUUGUGGGAGCGGUAUAAACUCCAGCAGCGCCUCUCGGAGCAGUUUGGCCUCUGUGGAAUCCUGGCCGUGGCAGGUCAGCCUCCAGGUUGCAGGCGUUCACCGCUGUGGAGGAGCCAUCAUCUCCCCCUACUGGAUAGUCACUGCAGCACAUUGUGUGGUCAGAACCUCCAGUCCUACAGACUGGUCUGUAUAUGCUGGGAUAGUGGAUCGACUGAACACCCUGUUCAACCCGGCUUACUCUGUCAGUCGCAUUAUUGUGCAUGAAAGCUUCAACAUCCUGACUCGCAAGAAUGAUGUCGCUCUUAUGAGGCUCUCCAGACCUCUGGACAUCACAGCCUCCAGUAACAUCGGACCUGUUUGCCUCCCAAAUGUCGGUCUAAAUGUCACAGUUCCCCAGAGCUACUGGAUAACACGAUUUGAUCGCAGCAGAAAUGGAGACUCUGGCUCUGUGCAGCUGAUGGAGGCUCAGGUCUCUGUUGUAGAUACUGCAGAGUGCAACAGCUCCAUUGCCUACAACGGCAAGAUAUCACAGGACAUGUUCUGUGCCGGAGAGACGGAGGCAGGAGCCAGAAUGUGCCAUGCUGACACUGGCGGCCCUCUGGUGACCCUGAGAGAUGGACUAUGGUGGCUCAUAGGUGACAGUAUUUGGGGGGAACACUGCACUGGGCAGAAUAAACCAGGUGUUUAUGGCAACGUCACAUCCUACCUGGACUGGAUCUACCGUCAGAUGAAGAAGCAUCAAGAUGACUGAUUAAAGGACCAAAAAUGUUCAAUCUGAUGUCAUUGCCCCAGUGUUGUAAUAACGGUUAUCUCUAUACUGCAGACAGAUAGUACACUUUACUGAUCCUGCAAUUGUUGUUUACGCUGUUUAUGUAUCACUCUUAUUUUCUACAAGCAUUAUUGCUUUUUUUCCCAUAAUUUAUGUGACUGUUAAUUACAAGAUAACAGCAGUAGUUAGAUUUAAGGUGAUAUGCCAAAAAUCACAUUUUUCUAGUACUUCCAAAAUCAUCAUUGAAACACCAAACCUGGGAAUAUCCUUUGAAAGACUGGUAUUCUGCCCUCCAGACACUUAGAAUCAUGAUGGCAAACUGCAGGAAAGCUGCUGUCUUGACACUUUAUACGUUUUUUCCUUUAAUUUGUCACCUGUAUAUAAAUGAUGUGAUACGCAAUUACAUGAUUUCAUGUAGUUUGGACUAAUAUUUGAGUCAUUAAAUGAGGAAAUCACGAGUCAACACAAGAUGUCACUCACAAACCACGUCACGUUAAUCCUGCCGACUCCCGAAGUAUUUACACGUUUAAAAUGAUUGACGUCUUUGAUUUGUCACAAGUUACUUUAUUUACAGGACAAGUAGAAUUUUGGCACAGUCAGGCGCACUCAUAAAUAAGUGAACAUUCAAGGAUUCAAGUGUACCUUUGACUAAACAAUUUUACGACUUUAAAUUUUGGCAGAAAGUGACAUAUAGACAGCCUGGGUCAACAAUCGUAUUCUCGUCAAAAUCAACAAAAUUUCAGACUGAUUGUGCUGCACAGACUCAGUAGAGGAGCUUCUUUUGCAUAUAACUGAUUCAAAGAAACUGUCACUAGUGUGAAAAGUCUGAAAAAUGACAUUCAGUAACAUUUUUUAUUGCUAACAGAUCAGUCGGCUUUGCUAUAAAGUUAAGUCUGUAGUCCAGAUGUAAAUUAUAAGGAGUUAUGCUUCCAAAGUGUCAGAAUUCCUUUGGCUUCUACUUUAGUGUUUGAUUUGUGUAAACUAUGCGGUAUAAAUACCCUUGAACAUCUACUCUAAAAAGCAAAGAUUUGGAAUAACAAUACAAUCACAUUCAAAAGAUUCAAAUAUAAAGCUGCAUGUAUGCAAAACUAGAUAAAUUAGAUGAAUACAACAAAUUGCAUAUCAGAUUGAGAAGAUAUUGUAAAUCUGUCGCUUUACAUUACACUUUUGAUCAACUUCAGAAACAAAGUGCAUUUCAGCAGAGUAAGUCUCAAGCUGCUGAUACUGUUAAUCAAUUUGUCUUAGUGGUGAGCUGAGACUGAAAGACACUACAGGCGCUGUAAACAUGUGUAGAACUAAAAAGUGGUUAUUUGAGCAGCUUUCCUCCUCAACUUCAAUAUAGAAAGGCAAUAAUUUUACAUCACAGAAGACCCCUGGAAGUUACAGUAGCUUCAGAAUAUAAGAAGGCACUUUGAACUGAUGACAGAGUUGGCGCUGGAUUUUAAAAAGCUAUGUGAAAGAUCUGUCAGUUGCAGAUUAUCAUCUUUAAAGGCACAUUCAACUAAAUUGUCUCCCCUCAGAUAGUUAUAAUACUCAGUUUGCUUGGAGAUCAGGGAUGUACUUGUGUCCUUAAAUCCACAGUUUUCUAUCCUUCAUUGUUUUGUAGUUUGGUUCACUCUCUUGUGUUAGUGAUGUCCUACAUUUCCCAAAAUACCUUUUAGCAGCCCUUAACAGAAGAAGUCUGAACUUGAUUUGAGUGCUGUCACAAACUAAUCUCUGUUCCAGUGGAUGUAGGCACGAAGGGCAAUACUGUCAGCAUAUGUGUCUUUCCAGUUGAGUAAAAGCAAAUCAUAGCCAUUAAUAAAAAGCUUCCAGGCAUUAUGGUCUUUAAAAGCUCUGGUGAGAGAAUAAAUUGCACCUGUUCUUCUAUGAUGGAUGUCUUUCUCUAUAUUAAAGCAAAGACUUGACAAAUUAUUGGUGAGAAGAAGGAAGAUAUACCACCAAAAGUAACUGGGACCACCAUCAACAGCUGUUUUAAGAAGUGUUCUGGGGGGGAGUCUUCCCUUUGAGAGGCAGCUGAUCUAUCUGUGUGUCUGCCUCCAUGGGCGAAGCUGAUGAGUGCAGUCUAAAGUCAGUCAGACAUUCAGAGUCGAGUGUCACUGGUCGGUGCGUGUCGACCUUCACCCUCUUCUCCACAGCUGUGGACGGGUUCCGCUCGCUGCCCCCCUGCCCGUUCACUGCGUUCGCCCGUCCUUUUCCUCUCAGUCACUUGAUGCGGUGUCGGACCAGCGAGGACUCGUCUGUGAUCUCCCCGAAGCGGUCUCUGCGUCUGCAGGGCAGGACGAGCAGCAGCAACAGGAUGAUGAGGAUCAAGCCGCACACCGCCAUCAGGGCGUAGGAGAUCAGCCACAUUAAAGGCUCCUUCAGCGAGCCGGCGGAGCAGUCGGCCGCCACGUCCGCUGCCGAAAAGGGUCCCGCGAUCUCCGACAGAGCAACUCCACCACUCGCUGCACGGAAAUACAAGACAGUUGCACUUCUGACUGGCUCUGCUGCAUGUGAUAACUGAGAAAAUGAAACUUAAAUCCUGCCAUUGAGUUUGAAAGGUUUGGAGUCUUUAAAAAAAUACAUGUAAAAAUCAGCCAGAAACUGUAGAAACGGAGAGAAUCAUUGGAUUUCCAGCUUUCUGACAGUCACUGAACUAAGCAUGUGUGAGCUACCUUCUGAUUCAAACCUUGAUUGGUCCCUUUAAAAGGAGGAGGGCACAUCUAAAAUGUGUUGUAAUUCCUACACUGUUCGCCUGAUUUGGAUGUAAAUCCCCUCAAAUUAAAGCUGAAAGUCUGCACUUAAA